AUGAUGAAAAGCAGAUACUUUCCUUCUUGUAACUUUCUUCAAGCUAGCAAAGGUGCUCGAGCAUCGUGGGCGUGGGCUAGCUUGCUGGAGGGCAGGAAAGUGAUCAUAAGGGGGUCUCAAUGGCAGAUCUUAAAUGGAACCAGGGUAAGGCUAUGGGUUGAUAAAUGGAUUCCUAUGUCGCCAGAUGGCUUACUACAUCCUAUAAAUGAUGAGAUAGUGGACGAAUAUGCAUUAGUGUCUGAAAUCAUUAACCCCGUCACCAAAAGUUGGGAUUUAUCAUCUCUCAAUGGGAGAAUCUCGGUUCAGGAUGCUCGAAGGAUAAAAGCCAUGCCUGUUGGAGGAGGUAGUGAAUCUGUUCGUUUGAUUUGGCCUUUUAGUGUGUCUGGCUGCUACUCUGUUAAAUCUGGAUAUAACUUGAUUCAUCCUUGCCACAGUCCUUCUCAAAAGCUUUUGAAAGCCUCGGGAUCUCACUUUGUUUCUAAGAAGGUGUGGAAGCUCAUUUGGUGUUCCCCUCUAACCCCAAAAAUCAAAAACUUUUUGUGGCAUGCAGUCAAAGGGUGUUUUCCUACAAGGGCUCUCCUUUUUCGUAGGCAUUUGGGCUUAUCCCCAUUGUGCCCGGUCUGUGAAAAUGAGCUGGAAACAAUUGAGCAUUUACUGUUUUUCUGUAAUUGGACCGCAAGUGUCUGGUUUGGAAGUGUGCUAUGCUAUCGGGUUGAUAGGCAAAGUAUCACCAUUAUCGAUGAGUGGCUGCUCGGAGUGACUAGUAAGUUGGACAAGGAAAAUUUUAAUUGGGUGUGGUUUCACAUCAGCUUUUUAUGCUGGAGUCUAUGGAGAAGCAGGUGUGCCUUUGUUUUUGAAGGAAAAAAUGUGUGCCCAAAACAAACAAUUGCUUGGGGCAGAACUCUAGCAGUAGAACUACUGGAGGUUGUCAAGCUACAUAGGCAUGGUGCGGAGGAACCUAGCUCGCGGGGGUCCGAAUCUAUUCAGAGGUGCCUCCCUCCCCCCCAAGCUACUCUUAAGCUAAAUGUGGAUGCGUCCUGGGACAAGAAGACUUUAUUCACAGGUCUUGGAGCGGUCAUUCGUGAUGAGCAUGGUGCUUUUAUUAGGGGAGCGGGAAAGUUUAGACUAGCCUCUUCUCCUAUUGAAGCUGAAGCUUUUGCAGCUUUACAUGGUCUGGAGGUCGCCUCAGAUUUGGGUUGUAUCCACCUUGAGUGUGAGUCUGAUUCAAAGAAGCUGGUUCAAAGUGUUAGUGGUUGUUUUCAAAAAGGUAAAUGGACAAUCUACCCAAUCCUUGCUGCUUUAAAGGAGAAGAGUAGACUGUUUGGCUCUUGCAACUGGAAGUGGAUUCCAAGGAAAGCAAACAGAGCAGCGGAUGCUGCAGCUUUAGAAGCGAAGAGGAAGAUGUGCGAUGAGGUCUGGAUCAGUCGACCCCCAUCCUCCCUGGUUUUCGUGCUCCAUAACGAUGGUCUUCCUUGUCCUCCACAAGUGUAA